AUCGAUCACCUACCCGACCACCUCCUCGAUCACCCACUCCUGGAGCGCGGAGUAACUCCUCUGAAAGGCGCUGCGCCAGUGUCGCCACGAUACGGGACGCGCUGCGCGGCAGUCGCUCGCAGGUCCUUGCUGCGGUUUAUUCAUUUGCGUGAGGCUCUCGGUGGCGAAUUUGGACGGGAAACUUCAAUGUUAUGUCGAGGGCGCCCGCGAGGCGGUGAAAGGACGCGGCGGUCCGUGGCUCGUGCUCUAGCUAGCCGGGCAGCUGGUGGUGGUGACAUGUCCGUGCGCGAGCGCCGCUACUACUAGCUACCUGGUGCGUUUGCAGGGGCUACUGCUGCUUCUGCUUCUUCUCGUCUCGGCGGCUUAACUUUCGGAUGAAAUUCGAGUUCCGAGGAGGCGAACCGGACUGCGGGGACCAGGGCUGAGGACGCCCGUUUUCGGGAGCGAGCCGAAGUGGGAGGAAGAGAAAAAUUCCGCGUGUAAGACGAGAGAACUAGUAGAGCAGCUGGAGCGAGACCUUCCUCAUGGCCAACGAGCCCAUCAUACUGAACGUGUAUGACAUGUACUGGAUCAACGAAUUCACCACCUCUCUGGGAAUCGGGGUCUUUCACUCAGGGAUAGAGGUGUACGGCAGAGAGUUUGCCUAUGGAGGACACCCAUACCCCUUCUCAGGGAUUUUUGAGAUCACCCCUGGAGACGCCACAGAACUUGGGGAGACCUUUAAAUUCAAAGAGGCCAUCGUCCUGGGCAGCACGGACUUCACGGAGGACGAUGUGGAGCGCAUUGUGGAGGAGCUGGGGAAGGAGUACAAGGGGAACGCCUAUCACCUCAUGCACAAGAACUGCAACCACUUCUCUUCAGCCCUCUCAGAGAUUCUGUGCGGAAGGGAGAUCCCGCGCUGGGUGAAUCGGCUGGCCUACUUCAGCUCCUGCGUACCCUUCCUCCAGAGCUGCCUGCCCAAGGAGUGGCUCACUCCUGCCGCCCUACAGUCCAGCGUCAGCCAGGAGCUCCAAGGUGAACUCGAGGAGGCCGAGGACGCCACCGCCUCCCUGCCUUCCUGCUCCACCUCGCCGCUGCCCAGGGCCGGCCGCCACCAGCCCCGCCGAUAGGCCACGCCCCCCCGCCUCCGUGCACUGACUGGUCUGGCCUCCCAUGCCAGUUAACACGGCCUCUCCUUACUGACUGGUGCUCAAGCAGCUGUGUGGACAAGCCCCGUCUUCUACCCAGCCAAGCCCUAAGCCAUGAGGCCGUGUCAUCACGGGAAAACAUUACUUACAUGUUACUUUUCUGACAGAAAGCUGGAGGAGACUUUAUUUUUUGUUAAUUUCAACACCCUAUGACUUUUUUUGUUUAUUUACUCAGGAUUCUUAAAAAUGUAGUCCAGUUUAUAUCCAGUGUUCUGUUAUAUCCAGAUGUUUUGUUUGUAUGCUUUCUUCUGUUUCUUUUCUAACGCUAUAGUGAUCACUCAGCUUUUUCAGAAUGCACGUAGUGCAUUUUAAAUCUUUUGUAAAAAAAAAAAAAAAAAUUAAAAAAUAAACUAAAAAGGCGUAUUUGCGCAAAAGGAGAGUUUGACCCGGGCCAAACACUACCAAGUGUUUCUUAUGACACUGCUAACAUCCCACUUUGGUGGCCGUGCCUGAACAUUUUUACGGUUGUCGAUCGCGGAGCUCUGCACUUUUUCUCUACGGUUUACCUGGUCGCCUACCCCAGGCAGCCGACUCCUUCGUACCCCUAAGAACCAGCUCCACAUGUUUGACACCCGUAGGUUUUUAGUCUUCUGUGUAGCAAAAAGCUUUGUAUCCCAUUUUAAAACGAUUAAACAGAGUAUACAGAACGCAGUGCUGUUUUCUCCUGGCGUGGUGAUUGCGGUCCUGCCCACCUGUACUCACUGUCAUUUCCUGCUU